AUGGCUAGUAAAUGGAUGAGGUCAUUACAAUGCAAAUCAAAAGCAUUUGAAGACGUUUAUAAUCCAUAUCCCAAAAUCUUAAUACCCAAUGCCAGUUGCAGAAAAACUGUUCAAAACAUCAAAGACAUUGUCGAUGUUCCAAAACUCAAACCUAAAAAACCAAAAACAUCCUUAGAAAACAAACAUUCUAGUUCAAAAGCAAAAUCAGAAUCAGAAUCAUCCACCGCAACAACAACCACUUCAUCAUCAUCUUCACGUGCGAUCACUGAAUUACCAGAAGGACAUCCAUCACGCAACGUGGUGGAUAUAAUUUUCCAUACUAGUUGGGGCAAUAAGGAGUUUCCGGGUCGGGUUGAAAAGGUGUUUAAGGUGCAAAACGGAGCACGAACUAUGUCAAGGUUUGAAGAGUUUCGUGAGGCGGUGAAAUCACGCGCCGCUGAUUCUGUUGUUGAUUCUGAGGGGAAGAAUUGGGAGGAGAAUGCAAGGUGUGUUGCUGAUGGAAAUGAGGUGAUGCAGUUUCAUUGUUUGGGUCCUGCUGAUGAUGGUGGUUCACACGGUGCUUGGUUGUUUCCGGAGCGUAAAGGGUCGGCGAUUUGUACGUUUUCCGGGAGCGGUGGUGCGCAUGAGUAUGGCGGAGGAAGGAAGGGUAGAGAGGCAAUGUUGGUUUGUCGGGUUGUGGCGGGUCGGGUUUCGAAACAACUUGGGUUUUUGGAUUCUUUGUUGGAUAAGCGAGUUGGGUUUGAUUCAGUGAGUGGGGAAAAUGGUGAGUUGUUGGUGUUUGACUCGCGUGCGGUAUUGCCAUGUUUUCUUAUUAUUUACAGCUUGUAA